UUAGCCGUGGGACAAGACACCGCGUCACUUCCUGUGUCGCAUUAGCCGGUUUGGUUGCUAAGCUAACAGGCUGCUAAGUACACGAAGUCGUUAACAUGGCGGAUUUAGUGAGUUUUAAAAACGAGGUCACGCUCGUCGUGAAUAACCUCGCCAAGGCGGUGCUGACGGAGGUUCUUACCGCGGCGGAGAAAGUCUCUCUGAACAAACAGAGUCCCGAAGCGGAGGAGAAGCUCGGCGCUCUGGUCGACGCUCUGUGUGUUGAAGCUGUGGAUAAAAUCCUGAAGAUGGUCGAGGAGGCGGCCGUGCAGAGAGACCUGAAGGAUCCACCUGAGACCACAGAAGGUGACGGCGGCGGCGAGCGCCCCCCCACAGAGCAGACCUACAUGCUGGUUUACAGGAACGCCGCCGCCGACCCCGAGUGUGUGCUGCUGCCGCUGCAGAGCGAGGCUAAUGCUAAUGCUAACGGUGAAAAUAAAUCCAGUCAUGCGGCGGGUGAAGCCACAACUCUGCACAGCGAGCGCCACUCCCCCUCCCCUCCCCCGCAGGCCGACGUCCCCGACCACGAGUACGCUCGGCCGUCCUCGCCGCCGCCGGCUGAGGGCGGGGCCUCUGCAGCACGCAGCAGGAGACAGCGCUGCAGCCGGCGGAAAAAAGACCCGGGUGCGCCUCCGAGCGCAGAAACUCUCCAGCCGUGCUCGCAGUGCGCCAUGCUGUUUCCAAACGCAGAGCGUCUCCACGACCACCAGAAGAAGGCUCACCCGGCGUGCUCGGUGUGCGGGGCGCCGUUCACCGGCAUCCUGAGGCUCCGCGAGCACGAGAUCAAAGAGCACGGGCUGCUGCCGUACACCUGCGACUACUGCCCCAAGAGGUUCAACCACAAAACUCACCGCGACCUGCACGUGAAGGCGCGGCACACCGGCGAGAAGAGCUGCCACUGCGACAUCUGCGGGAAGGGCUACUCCUGCGUCAGCGUGCUGAAGACGCACAGGGCCACCCACUUCGAGAAGACGUUCACCUGCGACGUCUGCGGGAAGAGCUUCUACCACGCCUGCCACCUGACGCGCCACAAGCUGGUGCACCAGGAGGUGCGACCGUACCGCUGCUCCACCUGCGGGAAGGGCUUCACGCAGGCCGCCAACCUGCGCAGCCACCAGGCCAUCCACACCGGAGAGAGGCAGCUCUGCUCCGUCUGCGGCAAGAGCUACCGCUGCCUGAGGAACCACGUCAUCAGCAAACACUCGCACGAGCUCCCCGCCGACGAGCUGCCCGCCAGAGACGCCAUCAUCACCUGCCAGGUCUGCGGCAAGAAGUUCCCCAACCCGUCGCAGUUCAAGGUUCACCAGAGGAGCCACACGGGGGAGAAGCCGUUCCACUGCGACAUCUGCGGGAAGAGCUACCGGCUGAAGGAGCUGCUGAGGGACCACAGGUACACCCACACCGGGGAGAAGCCCUACAGGUGCCCCCUCUGCUCCAAGACCUUCAACCUGGCCACCAGCUUCAUGAGGCACCGCAGCAUCCACACCGGGGAGACGCCGUACAGCUGCCUGGACUGCGGGAAACACUUCCGCCUGCUCACCUUCCUGAAGGCUCACCUGCAGACCAAAGCUCACCUGAAGCAGACGCAGACUGUCCCCUCGGACCCCGAGCAGGUCUGAUCAGGGCUUCAGCCGGCCCUUCCCUCCGCUGGAGACAGCGAUCAGCCUCCUCUGUGGGGACUCAGGGGUCCAGCGUCGGGUCUGGGGGAAGCUUUUCUUCGUGCUUUGUGGAGCGUCGGCCUGCUGGAGCCUUAAAAUGUCCCGUCACUGGAUCCAGACCAGGAAGACCAGCUCGUUUAUACAGCGACGUGGCCUCGGGUCCCAGAUUGACCGCGGUCAGAGGCGAGGUGUUGAAGGACGAGGUUCAGUCGGGUCGAGCUUCUGCUGCGGCGUCUCAGGCUCCAGGACCUCCGGAGUCCAGCUGGGCCGGUCGAACCUCAGGCUGCCGAGUGUCCCUGCAGCAGAGACACGAACGGGAUCGGAUGUUGUGGUGGUUUGGAUCAGCAGAUUAUCAGUCGGAGACAAGCGGCCUCAUUAGAAGUCAUAAAGGUGAUUAAACACAAAGGUGGGAUUAACGUCGUAUACAUCCUCUGGAUUACAGGCCGCCAUGUUCUGACAGCAGCAAAGUGGGAAUUAUGUGCAGAUUAAAGCCUCUGAUGAAAACAACAGCAGAUCUGAGGUCAGAGGUCACGGAGCCACAGCAGCACCGGUUCUGACCGGAAACAGGUUCCAGCGCCCGAUCCUCUGUGUGGAAACAGCAUCUGGGACUGCUGCUCGCACGAUCUGUGUGGCAACCCGAGUCCGUCCGUCUGUCUGCAGAUCUGCAGCAACAGAAAUCUGGAAACGUGUUCAAUAAAACAAACAGCAGCGAC